AUGAUAGAAGAGACUCAUGACUUUGGCUUGCCGCUCCAAGUGUUUCGCGCUGCGUCGGGGGCCUCUGUCUUCCACGGUGACUGCGCCACUGGCGCGGGAUCCAGUUUGUGGUCAGGGAAGGGCCUGCAUCCAUUGACCGUCAGCUUGCCGUCGGUGAGGGUGAAGGCGAAGAUGUGGGAGAUGAAGAUGAAAUCGAAUAAUGAUGGCGAUCAUUUCGAGGACUUGGUGGAUGAAAAAUUCUGCGAACGCGCACCUACACGGUCGCAAUCUGACGCCCACAUCAAGCUUGAGAUACAAGCACCACGCGAGACCCUUACAGAGAACGACGACGAGGAGAUGCACACAAGGAACUUCGAUAAGAUGGAGAUGAAUACAAGCAGCUAUCUACGAUACACAACGACGACGAAUGCCAAUGAUGAUGAAGAUGACAUCCCCAAGACAAAGACGAUGGCAAUGUUGCGAGAGCGGAUGCGCAUGUGGAUGACGGAGAAGAAGGCGGGACGGGACACAGGGCCUGGUGAAGCGAUAGCCCUCACGCCACUGCAGGCCGACCCGAUAGCAAGACUCCACGGCGAGCUGCGCGACCUCAUCUACGAGUACCUGACGACUGGGAUGCACGUCCGAAAUCCCCCAUACGUAUUCAAUCGACAAGGUCGUCUUCAUCUCCAGAGCGGCUCAGCCCUGACACGUUUUGGGGGAGAUGCAGCGGGAUUUCUCGAGACAAACAGCCAGUACCGCCGAGAGUUCAAGGGCAUCCUCUCCGCAACCACCCUCACCCACCAUCAUGUCGAAAUCGUCGUGGAAAUGGGCAAAAGCCUGUCCACGCCUGCGUUCACCCGGGUUCAAGACACUUCUGGCCUGGUAGCUCGUGGCGCGUCCACCCUCACGAUGUGGGUCACCCUCCGGAGCGGUGACAAUCCGUCGUUCAUCAAACAGCUCCUCAAGCCCACAGUCGUGCUCGAGGCGAUCCUUGGGCAGCUUGUCAACGCCUACGAGAGUCAAAGUCCAACCUCCCCCUCAACUGAGCAGGUCGCCGUGUUCCUGCAGUUCGACGACGUACGCUUCAGCAAUUGGGCCUCAACGAAUGCCAUCCUCUCGAAAGCGUACUGGAAGAUCCUGACCUGGCGAGCCGUGCCAUGGCUUCGUCGCCGCGCAGAAAAUAUCGCUCCCGAUACAGGCAACACAUCCUACCUGCCCGACGGCUCCACCAUGCUCUCCUCGACUCCCGACCGCAUCUCCGUCCUCAUCCAAGAUCCGACGUCCAGCAAGAGGUUGAUACACGCCCAGUUCCGCCCGAAUCAACUGGGAAUCGCGGUGCUGUCCAUGCUCUAUGCUGUCAUCAACCGUGAUAACUGGAGGAGGAUCCGGGCGCAUCAGAUGGAGAUCGCUUGGAGCCGUCUCCUGAUAGCUCGGAAUCAAGUGCAGCAGGCAGUGCUGCACAUCGUGGUGACGGUUCUCCAGGCAGUAGUGUUUGUCUCGAAAUUGGCAACAAAGUGGAAAGCUUGGGCUCUGCAGCGAGCAGAAGGUCAGACUUCAGGGCCGGAAGAGAUGGAGGCGUGA